ACGCUCAAUACCGCAAUGGCCUCCGAGCUUCCUCCAGCUCCCCUGGCAGAUAUACCCGCUCUCCGCCGCUACGUCCUGGUCUCGCACACCGAGACCUACAAUCGGACCUCAAACCUCCCCUCACAGACCCAAGAAUCACGCCUCUCGCAGCAAACUGAAUAUGAAGCUUCGCUUGUUCAAGCUACCACGGAGCUACGCAGGCGGUUGAUGGAUGAAGAGAUGGCGCUCUCUGAGGUUUGCAUCAUGUUUUUUUUUUCGUUUUCUUCUUCUACCGGAUGUGAGAGGGGUGCACGGGACUUAUGAGAAGGAUGGGGCUGGGUUUAGUUGAGUUCACAGAUCACCAUACCCGACGAUGCAGCAUCUCGGGAGUCGCCGCGUAAGAAGCUGCGUAGGCUGAAAGCGGAGAAAGAAGCGUACGACGCGGCAUUUCAGACGAUCGAUUACAUACCCGGUCGGGACUCGCCCCUGAAUCUUUUACUGGCGUAUAGGAACGUUGGUAGGGUGAUUGAGCAGACGAAGGUUGCUAUUCCGAUUGUCAAUGAACGGCUGGCGUCGGUUCAGGCACAGAUUAAAGUUGAGGAGGGAGACCUGGAGGAGCAGAACAGGCUAACCGAGGCACUGAGGAAGAGGAUUGGGGAGCUGGAGGAGGAUGAGCAAAGGAUUGAGCUGGGCGUUGCGCAUGAUGAUGCUAUCGGGGCGAUGAAUAAGAAGCGGAAGGAGUUGUUGAAGAGGACGUCAAAGCUGUUGAGGGAGUUGCUGGCGUUCUUGAAAGAUGGGGGACUGGCGAGGAUGCUGGCAGCCGAGGGUAUGGGUGGGCCGGUGGUGGGAGAGGACUUGGAGGUCACGCUGGAGACUGGCUUUGACAAGCGAGGGAAGGUGAGGAAAGGGGAGAGGAGGAUCGACGACAUGUGGGGACAGGGGGAGAUUGGACCGGAAGAGAGUAUGGUGGAGGAGUUCAAGACCCUGUUGGAGGUUUGUGGAAUCGGAUAGUCGUUUGAAUGGGGUGAAUGCUGAUGGCGAUUAGGAACUUAUGAAUGCCUCUUUGGAGACCACGCAGUAUGUAAAUCUCGGGAAGGAUGGGGCUGCAUCGAGGUUCUUAGUCAGAGCGAAAGUUGCCGCAUAUCAUCCAAAGGAUGCCAGGAAAUUGAAACUACUGGACUUUGGUAGCACAGUCGAGGAUGGGUGAGAUCUAGGGUGAUUGUUGAUCAUGUAUGGUUAAGUUUAGAGCAAUUCAGUCCAAAUGAUGGAACCGGC